AUGUCUCUCUCCGAACGGGACACGAAAGCGAACGACUCCACUGAUAUCGAAUUUUCUGGGAUAACUUCAAGACAGGCUGUCGCCCAAGUUUACCAAGAGCUACUCGUAGAUCAGGCCUCUCAGCCGGACAAGAUUUUCAUCGGCAGCCACGAUCUCAAGCAUCUCGAUCCCAACUUUGUAGCGCUGGAUGAAGAUACACAAGAACAUCCCCGUUCCUGGCCGAUCGCUAAGAAAGUCCGCGCAACCGCAAUUGUGGGAGGUUGUUGUUUCCUCUCCCCAUUCGCAAGCACCAUAUUCGCACCAUCCAUCCACCUGGUCAUGAAAGAUCUGGCUAUCACUGACAGUACUGUCGGUGCUCUGCAAGUCUCGAUCUUUCUCUUCGCAUUGGCUCUCGGCCCGCUCUUCAUUGCCCCACUUAGCGAGAAGUACGGCAGAGCAGCUACUAUACACUUUGGCAACUUCUUCUUCGUUGCAUUUUCCCUUGGAGGUGGCUUCUCGCAAACUGCUGCCCAGUUCUCAGUGUGCCGCUUGUUUGCUGGGUUCGGUGGAUCUGCUUCUAUUGCGGUUCUUGGUGGGUUCGUUACGGAUGUCUGGGACCUCGCUGCCCGUCCAAAGGCAUCUGGGCUUGUGAUGCUUGGCCCUGUUUUAGGCCCUGUAUUGGGCCCUGUGUGUGGGGGCUGGAUGUCGGAGCGCGUUUCGUGGCGCUGGACUCUUUGGAUACCCGCGAUCGCCAGCGCCCUACUUUCGACUGCCGGUCUUUUUUUCCUCCCGGAGUCCUUCGCACCAAGGGUUCUGCAAACAAAGCUGCAAAGAGAACGGAAAACAAAUCUCAGCGCCGAACUGUAUACCGUACUGGAUCUUCAGCAUCGUCCUACUGGCCCCGCAGCGCUUAUCAACGCGUUCAUUAGACCCUUAGCAUACCUUGUGCUUGAUCCAGCAUUGCUGUUAGCAUCGCUAUUCUAUUCAGUGGUAUUUGGUGUCGUGUACCUCAUAAUUGUGACAUACGCCGAUGUUUUUGGCGUCGGCUAUGGGCACUCCGUCGGAAUUGUGGGUACCGACUUUCGUGCCGCUGGUAUUGGUAUGCUUGUUGGUACAUUCGCUACUAUUCGUGCCAUGGAAGCCAUCUUUAAGCGAGACACCGCAUCCGGUCAAACGAAAUACAAGCCUGAGUCGAGACUCAUUAGCUGCCUUGUUGGUGGGACAUUGCUGGUCGGUGGGCUGUUCAUGUAUGGGUUCACCGCCACUCGAACUCACUUCAUCGUCCCACUCGUAGCUAUCAUGCUUAUGAUGGCUGGAGGCAUGAACAUCCAGCUCGCGCUGCAACUAUACGCAAUCGAUGCCUUCAAGUUUCCCGCUUCUGCCGUCGCUGCCAUAUCCUUCCUUCGUUGCAUGUUCGCCGGCGCCUUCCCGUUAUUUGGAGAGAAAUUGUUUGCCAAACUUGGCCUGGACUGGGGUGUAGGGUUGUUGGGCUUUUCAGUCUUGGCCGUGGGAUUACCACUGAUACUACUGCUAUACAUAUACGGUGCCAAACUUCGUGCGAAAGGUGCUGAGCGCAUGGAGCGUUCGAAGGUUCGAAAGCAGCCUCGAAGUAGUGUUUAUUAA